UCUCUCUCGCAUUCCACCAUCGAUUCGUGCAGAGAUCGAUCUCGCCCUUCUUCUUGAUCUUCUUCUUCUUCUUCUUCUUCUCCGCAAGGAUCAAGAAUGGCGGAUUUCUAUGGGGAAUUCAUGGAGUUCUUGAAGAGGCCGGUGGUUAUGGAGACGGUGGUCGAUAUCCUGCUGUGCGCCGUGCCGAUCUGGGUUGCGGUGAUGAUCGGCCUCGUCAUCGGAUGGUCAUGGCGGCCGCGAUGGACGGGGCUGCUUUUUUUGGGUAUGCGGAGCCGGUUGAGGUUUCUAUGGACGGCGCCGCCGGGGUUCGGUGCCCGUCGGCUUUGGUUUGCCUUCACGGCGUUCUCAGCGUUAUCGGUUUGCCGGAAGCUUUGGUCCAAUUUGAGGGGGAAGGCGGAGGAGGGGGUUGGUGGCGGCGGUGGUCGGUCCGGUGGGUGGUUGAUUGGCCGGAUGUUGACACUCUCUGGUUCGAGGAAUGCGAGGCAGGGUUUGAAGAAGGGAGAGGGGGCGGAUGUUACGGAUGGCUCUGUGACCUCGCAGAUUGUUCGGACGGCGUCUAAUGAGCGGGUUGGUGAUGGAUUCAGUUCCAGUGCAGAAGCACCUAAUGACCAGCAAGAUCAAGAUAUUGUCACAGAGAAAGAUUUGGAGCAUUUGUUGCAAUUUCUUGAUGGUAAGGUUGUGGACACUGCCUGGCAACAAUUUAUGGAACGCACCACUCCCAACAUGGUCUACCAAGCAUGGCGUCAUGAACCAGAGGAUGGCCCCUUGAUGUAUCGCAGCAGAACUGUCUUUGAGGAUGCAACUCCUGAGUUAGUGAGAGAUUUCUUUUGGGAUGAUGAUUUUCGACCCAAAUGGGAUACUAUGCUGGCUUACUUCAAAGUUUUGGAGGAACUCCCUCAUGUUGGAAGCAUGAUCGUUCAUUGGAUUAAGAAGUUCCCUUUCUUCUGCAGCGAUCGAGAAUAUAUCGUUGGUCGACGAAUUUGGGAGUCUGGGAACACCUACUAUUGUGUAACAAAGGGAGUUCCUUAUCCAUCAUUGCCGCGCAAAGAUAAGCCAAGGCGUGUGGACUUGUUCUUCUCUAGCUGGCGAAUCAGGGCUGUUGAGUCAAGGAGACGAGAUGGUCAACUAUCAGCAUGUGAGGUAACUCUGAUACAUUACGAGGACAUGGGCAUUCCCAAGGACGUGGCAAAGGUUUGCAUCCGGCACGGAAUGUGGGGGGUUGUGAAGAAAUUGCAGUCGGGUAUGAGAGCCUACCAAGUAGCAAGGGGUUCCGGGGCUUCCCUCUCGAGAUGCGCACUCAUGGCACAAAUAACUACGAAGAUCUCAGUUGAUGAACCAUCAGUUAUAUUAGAGCAAGAAUCUAACGAAGCAGCCGAUGAUGACGAACCGGGGCAUAAUGUCAGGCAGGCACAAGAAGGUAUUGACUGGAAAUGGGUUGUGAUUGGAGGAACUGUUGCUGUUGUUUUUGGACUCCAGGCUGGUGUUGUUGGGAAGGCCUUGUUGUUUGGUGCUGCAAGGAGAUUUGUGAGGAAGUGAUUUUGCUUCUGUUUUGGUUUUUUUCUUGGUUUCCUAAUUUUAAGUGUUCGGAUUUGCGCAAUGGUGGAUAAAAUGCGUAUAUAGUAUGAGUAUUUUGCUUUUUUAAAAAAAAGUA